UGGUUUCGCUUUGCACCACUGGCUCCUCCUUAUAAUCGCCCUCCUCCCUCAUUCACUCCUCGACUCGUAGCACUAGAGCUUGAGAGAGAGAGAGAGAGAGAGAAGAGAGAAUGGGCAACAGUUUAGGUGGGAGGAAGAAGAGAGCCAAGGUGAUGAAGGUUGAUGGCACCACGUUCAAGGUGAAGCCACCGGCGCAGGCCAUGAACGUGCUGCGGGACCAUCCCGGCCACGCCCUCCUCGACGCGGAGAAGGUGCAGCGACUCGGCCUCCGGGCGCGGCCGCUGGACCCGGACGUCCCGCUUAAGCCUGGGAAGCUUUACUUCCUAGUGGAUCACCGGCAGCUGCCGGAUCAGCGGGGUGCACGCCGGGCCUGGUCCGGCUCGCUCCAGGUGGGCGCUAAGGAGAGGCUGGAGAGCCUCCGGCUCUCUCACCGCUCCAUGUCGGACCUCUCCCGCGCCACCUGGCGUCCGUCCGCCCUCGAGGCCGAGGAGACCAAGGACGGGACUGUCCGCCUCAAGAUGAGGCUGCCCAAGGCCCAGGUGGAGAAGCUCAUGCAGGAGAGCAAAGACGCCGCCGAUGCCGCCGAGAAGAUCAUGCAGCUUUGCUCCCCCAAAGAUGGUGCUAACCCGUCGCCCUCGCCGGAGCCGAUUGCGCCGACUUCGAAGGCCGGACGGAAGGAUAUCGACAAGGCGUGCUGUAAAAGACAGGAAGACGAGACUGUUAACCCGUGAUCGUAGGUUGUAGACUUGUAUUCCAAAAGUCAAACGAGGCCAACUCACACGAGAAAUCCUUGUGGUUCCAUAUACUGCUUCCUGUCGCCGUCACGGCCAUAGGGCCAUGUAAUCUGGGUUAGGUCUGGUGGCGAAGGGGCAGACCACGUGAAUGUCCCGAUCUGUUAGGUAUGGGAUCAGAAUCAUUUGCUGCAUGGCGUGGCUGUACACUACAAUAAAAGAGUGUGGUCCAUAUAAACUAAGAAGACAACCCCACUCAUCUUGCACCUACCAUUCCUAGGCAUGAACUCUUUCUCCUUCGGUAGGUGCAUCCUAAAUGGACCUCCAUGGACAUGAACAUGGACUAACCCACCAUGAGUCGUCUCCUUCGUUUUCUUAAUCCGUGGCAGUUGCAUGUGCAGAGUCACCAAAGUAACUCUGCAAGCUUUACAUCAGUGUAGAAUUUUAAGCAAGUCAAUGCGGGAAGCACAUGGCGACUUUCUCGGGGGUUUUCUAGUGCUUCGUUGCUGACUUACUGCCAUUCCAUAUGCCCAACGGGAGAAGCUGCAGUAGGUGGUCAGUCUGGUUUUCAAGAGAGGGAGCGCAGUCUCCAACCACAAGCAAACAUGUGAUGCGGUAAACUUCAGUAAUCACCAUCCAAGGAAAAGACACUAUGCGACCGUUCUACGUCUUAGUUCUAAGGGUGGUUGUCGCUGCAUCCAAGUCUCAGUCGAGUGCGAUUAUUUUCUCCAUUGCAUCAUAUCUCAUCAGUUGUCCUUUUGUUUGUACCAUAAGCCUCCGAUAGUUAAGUAGUGCUUGUCAGACGCUCAUUAGGAAAAUGGAGACUUGAGUGUGGCCACAUUGUCAAGCAAACAUCAGCUAAAUUGUUUGCCAGUUGACUAAUAUGUUGCCCAACGUAUCUACAUGUUAUUGCAA